AUGACUGUGGCUUUAAGUCAACCGACUUGUCCAGCGCACGCUCAGCUCGUUCAAUUUCCUUGCCUCCGUGGUCUCGCCAAUACGUAUUCCUUCCUACGGGUGGGUACAUCCUUGUUAGAAGAGCAAGACAUUUGGAGCACCAACCCCUUGUUCUUGACGAAUCGCGAAGACGCCUUGUCACCCCGAGGAGAAGCGCAAGUCGUCGAAGCUUGUCGACAAUUAGAUAUGAUCCAGGAGAAUGGCGGUGAUGGACGGCCCACGAUUGUCAAGUACAGCUUGGCGGCGUCCGCCAUUGACACGGCGAACAUUAUUGGUCGGGAGCUCAAAGUGGGUCGCGAUCGUCUCGUCCCGGAGUUUACCUACUUAGAUCCACGCGGGAUCGGGGCCUGGGAUAUGACGCGCAAGUCGAGGACGGAACCGGCUGUAUGGGCUCUGGAUGCCACCGAGGCCGGACCGCAAGGUCGUGGGGGGCGACCACCGCCGCAUACGGAUGGGACCCCGCACGAAACGCUAGAGGACCAGUAUGUGCGAUUGCGACAGCUCAUUUCGAUUCUAGAGACGCAGUACUCAGGAGACACCAUUCUGCUAGUAUUUCCGGAUGGAACUGGUCCGGCGCUGUUAUCCUGUAUGAUUGGUGGCAUUCCAUUACAUCGAGUGCACGAGUUGGAAUUCGCACCUGGAGAAUUGCGU